AUGGCUCGCCCACAUGUUCCAUUGGGGUUAGCCGUUGGGCUGAUCGCCAUUUUGUGGGCAGGCGCGGAGGGCCAAUCUAGCGACUGCACCAACGUCUUAAUGAGCAUGUCGCCGUGCCUGAGUUACAUCUCCAGCGACUCCUCCUCAUCCCCGAGCGCGGCCUGCUGCACCCAGCUGCGCACUGUCGUCGGGUCCAAUCCGCAGUGCCUCUGCCAAGUGCUCAACGGCGCUGGUCCCAAUCUCGGCCUCAACAUUAACCAAACUCGGGCUCUCGCCCUCCCUGCGGCCUGCCGUGUCCAGACACCGCCAACCAGCCGAUGCAACGCUGCUUCUCCAUCUGGCUCCCCUGGUUCAACAUCGACUUCUCCCAAUACAAAUUCAGGGGGUGGAUCACAAAAUGUGCCAACAACAGGAGAUGGUUCCUCAGAUGCAAAUUCCUCAAAAUUGGGGGCCUCCGUGCUAUUUUCCCUUUUUCUAGUAGUUUCUAUUUGGUCCUUGGACUGA